GGGAGGGAUCUAGAGAUGCAGUAUAUCUGGAUUUGACAAAACCAUCGCCUAGACGAUAGAAAAACGUAUGUUUUUCAGCAUUUAACGCAUUAUUUAAUUACAUUUAAAUGAGCUGCUCUUUUGUGAGGAAAGGUAUGGCAAGCAUAGGACUGGCCGUUAACGUCGCACACUCGGAAGAAAAGACUGUUUUUACACAACUAAAGCCGGUGAGGUUGCCCGGGGGGGACGGCGCAGAGGAGUCUGUGUUUGAGGAAGUCAAACCUCCAGCGAGAAUUCCAGCGAACCCGCUGGAGAUGUCCCAGACGCAGUUGGAGAUGGGGAAGUACCUGUCCCAGAUGGGACAGUUGUCCCACCCCCCCGCCAUGUUGGCCCCCCUGGUGACAGACAGGAAGUACCGACGGGACAGUGCGUCGGUGGUGGACGAGUAUUUCUCCGAGGAGAAACCCACUCCCUACAGCGUGAACAUCAACCUGAUCCUGCCCAACACCACACACCUGCGCACGGGCCUGUACCGGCCCAGCAAGCCCCUGCUGCAGCACAUCAAAGCCGAGCCGGGUCUGGACCUCCCCUGCUCCAUCCAGACGCUCCCCGACUUCACCUCGGUGUUCAGCGUCCCGCAGACGGUCAACAGCCUGUUCGUGAAGCCGGACGUGUCGGCCAGCGACCUGCAGAUCGGCCCCCAGCAGCCGCAGGUCUACCAGCUGCCAAUCAGCAGCGCCGACCUCACAAUGCCCCUGUCCAGCAGCCAAUCGGAGAGCGGCGGCGCCGGGGGCGGGGGCAGCAGAACCAUGCACAACCUCAGCAGCGUGGCCAUGACGACGGGCGCGGCCGGCUUCAUCAUGCCCGAGCAGUUCUCCCGCCCCCAGCCCCACAGCCUGCCCCCCUCCCCCCCCAACUCGCAGCCCGGGAGCCCUGACAACCAGCCCGACCUGGGGAGCGCCAUGUCGCCCCCGCCGCCCUACCUGCCCCAGCACCUGCACCGCCAGGCCCUGCUGCUGGCCCACGGCCAGGGCAUCCUCACCGGGCCCCGCUACAACCGCCGGAACAACCCCGAGCUGGAGAAGCGCCGCAUCCACCACUGCGACUUCCAGGGGUGCACCAAGGUUUACACAAAGAGUUCGCACUUGAAAGCACAUCAAAGAACACACACAGGUGAGAAGCCGUACCGCUGUACCUGGGACGGCUGUGACUGGCGUUUCGCCCGUUCAGACGAGCUGACACGUCACUACCGCAAGCACACCGGCGCCAAGCCCUUCAAAUGCAUCGCCUGCAGCCGCUGUUUCUCCCGCUCUGACCACCUGGCCCUGCACAUGAAGCGCCACCAGAACUAGCCCCCCCGCCUGGCCCUGCACAUGAAGCGCCACCAGAACUAGC